AUGUCAUCAAUUGGACCCCAACUACCGCCUUCACCGCAGAAGCGCAAACACACGCCCGAACUCGACGACAGCUCUCCAUCCUCCAAGGCCCAACGCACCACUGGCCCUGUCGCAAACCCAAACACCGACGAGAUCGACCUCGAAGACGGCUCAGAUGACGACUACGGCCCUGCGCCUCCAGCGCCAGCACCAGCAGCGGCACCCUCCAAAGGUCCUCCGCUUCCUCCCGCAUCCGCCUCCCCAACAGCACAACCUCCCACCCAAAACUCCUCCUCCGACUCGGAAGACGACUACGGCCCCGCCCUCCCCUCCGCCUCGGGCGCUCCCAUCAUAGGCCCCUCCAUGCCCCCGGCCCCUUCCACCGGGGAAGAAGCAGCCCCCCAGCGUGAUGACUGGAUGCUCGCACCUCCCCCCUCGGGCGGCCCCUUCACCGAGCGUGACACCACCAAGAUCCGCGCCCGCAAAUUCACAUCCGGCAAGUCGGCCGGGGCCAAGGGCGGCGGCGGCGGCGGCGGCGAGGUCAACUCCAUGUGGACAGAGACGCCGGAGCAGAAACUCGCCCGGUUGCAGGACGCAGUCCUGGGUCGCUCCACCGGCGGGGCGCAGCAGGAUGGAGGCGCGGGCGGUGAUGACAGUGUUCGGGAGAAGGAGCAGGAGGAGCGUAAUCGGCGGAUCGCAGCGAAUAUCGAGGGGAGUCGCGGGAGGAGUCUCGUGGAAGAACACACAAAGCAACGCAAGGAGAGUGGCAAGGCUGAUGAGGACGACGACGACCCGAGUAAACGAGGUUUUGACCGAGAAAAGGACAUGGCACUCGGCGGGCGGUUGGCAUCGACGCAGAGAAAGGAGCUACUCAACAAGAGCGCCAACUUUGGGGGUCGCUUCUCGAAAGGGUCAUUUCUGUAG